AUGACACAGGAAAGCGACACCAGGCUGGCCGUUGUCGUGGUCGGAAUGGGCCAGAUGGGCAUCAGCCAUGCGCUUGCCUACCACCACAACCCGGGUUUUGAGAUCAUCAGCCUCGUUAACCGAAGCCCAGGAAAGAAACUGCCAGAUGCAUUGACGCAGUACCCUGUUGUGUCAACAUUAAAGGAGGCGCUUCCGCUGAACCCCGAUGUGGUAUCAAUCAACACCCACACCGCGACCCACGCCGAGCAUGCAGUGACCGCAAUGGAAACCGGAGCACACGUCUUCGUGGAAAAACCACUAGCCACGACUGUGACAGAGGCCGAGCGCGUCAUAGAGACAGCGCGACGAACGAAGCGCAAGCUAGUCAUCGGCUAUAUUUUGCGUCACCACCCCAGUUGGGUUGAGUUCAUUCGACAGGCACGCCAACUCGGUCCGCCAUUUGUGAUGCGCAUGAACCUGAACCAGCGGUCUCGCGGUGACGCAUGGGAAAUCCACAAGCGACUGCUGCAGGAUGCCAAGAACCCGGUGGUCGACUGCGGGGUGCAUUAUCUCGACGUGAUGCUACAGAUUACGGACAGCAGGCCGACCCAGGUGCGUGGCAUGGGGGUCUCUCUCAGCGAUGAGAUCCCCGCGGAUGAGCAGGUCAACUACGGGCAUUUGCAGGUUGUUUUUGCUGAUGGAUCGGUUGGAUGGUAUGAGGCCGGAUGGGGGCCGAUGGUGUCGGAGACGGCGUAUUUCGUCAAGGACGUGAUGGGUCCCCGAGGUUCAGUGUCGAUGGUCAUGGAUGAGAACGAGACUCGUACUGGGGGUGGCUCUGCGGAUAUUGAAGGCCACAACAAGAGUUUGCGUUUGCGUGUGAGCACGCUGGUCGAGGGUCGCUCGCAGGAUACCAUGCUGUCGGUGGCAGAUGAACCGGGGCAUGAUGACCUUUGUGCGCGCGAGCAGCAGUUCUUGCUCGAUGCUAUUCGAGAGGAUCGAGACCUGACCCAGCACAUGGAGGACGCUGUUCGCUCACUAAGUAUUGUGCUAGCGGCGGAUCGCUCGAUGCAUGAGAACCGGGCCAUUGAUCUCGAGUAG